AUGACGCGACUAACAUCGCUCCUCGUAGCCUUGGGUGGCCUUCUCAGCUCAUCGCCGGUCGCAUCGGCACAGCUUGCAGGAGCCAACUCCACAUCAGGGUCAGAAACCGUCCACGUAGGCUGGCUCGACGGAAAAGCACCCUCGAUCUUCGCAGGGGCGACCUUUGGCCUCCCUUGGCCCCGGGGAAAGUACCGUCCCGGCACCGCAAGCUUUACGACGACAGACGACGGGUCGGAGCUCCAGUCGUGGGGGACGGCCUAUUGGCCCGAUGGCUCCUACAAGUGGACCGCACACGCCGUGCCCGCGUCCUCGACCCCGCCGGCCGACGGCUACAGCGUGGUUGCGUCCGGGGGCGGGUCGCCAGGGAAUUAUACCAGCAGAAACAAGCACAGACGACGUCAGGAUGGGCCUGCAGGGCUGGUGACUUCCAACACGGACGAUGUGGUAACGGUCGACACGGGCAAGAUGUCUGUUUCGUUCCCGAAACGAGGUGGAGUGGUUGUGAGCGAGCUGCGCUCUUCGGGCGGCAAGACAGUAGGGAGAAACGGGCGCCUGGUGCUGCACUCGCAGUCGGGGGUUCUGGAGGACAUUGACCAGGCGGCAGAGGGUGAAGCCGUCCAGCACUUUGCCUUCCAGAGCACCGUGGAAAACGUCACAGUCAGCGAGGAGUCCUCCUCGACCCGCGCCCUCGUUACCGUGCGCGGCAAACACGCAGCCACCGCCGGCUCGCACCAACCAUGGCUCCCCUUCAUCCUCCGAUUCUAUCUGUACCGCGGCGCCGACACCAUGCGCAUCGUGCACAGCAUCGUCUACGACGGCGACGCCAGCACCGACUUCAUCAGGGGCGUGGGCGUCCGCUUCGACGUGCCCCUGGCCGGCGAAGAGCUGUACGAUCGCCACGUCCGCCUCUCGGGGGUCGACGGCGGGCUGAUGGCCGAGGGAGUCAAGGGACUGACGGGUCUCCGUCGCGACCCCGGCGCCGCGGUCAAGGCGGCGCAGGUGGGCGGGCAAAAGACGCCGCCGACCGAGACGUGGGACGCGCGCGUCACCAGCCGGCUGCACUGGAUCCCGGCCUGGAACGACUUUAGCCUCGCGCAGCUGUCGCCCGACGGGUUCACGGUCAAGAAGCGCACCGAGGCCGGGCAGAGCUGGGUGCACGCGAGCGGCGGCACCAGGUCGGGCGGCCUGGCGUACCUUGGAGGGGCGACCAGGGGCGGGCUGGGGUUGGGGCUGCGGCACUUUUGGAAGCGGCACCCGACAGGGCUGGAUGUUCGCAACGCGGCCACGGACCAAGGGCAGCUGACGCUGUGGAUCUACAGCCCCGAGGCGCAGCCGCUCGAUCUGCGGCCGUUUCACGACGGGUUGGGCCAAAAGACCUAUGCCGACCAGCUCGACGCGCUCGAGAUCACCUACGAGGACUGGGAGGAGGGCUACGACAUCCCCACUGGGAUAGCGAGGACGAACGAGGUCUUUGUCACGGCGUUCGACACCACCCCCUCUGCCCAGACGCUGGCGGAUUUGGCCGACCAUAUCGACAACCCGCCCGUCUUGACAGCCGCACCCGAAACGUACCAUGCAUCGGGCGCCCUCGGCACUUAUUGGUCGCUACCGGGCCAAGGCGGCAUUGGAAACCCCGAGGCAGCAGCCACAAUUGAGAAGAACCUCGACUUUAUGUUUAAAUUCUACCAGGAGCAGGUUGAGCAGCGACGGUGGUAUGGCUUUUUGGACCAUGGCGAUUUUAUGCACACCUAUGACGCUGACAGACACACGUGGCGCUACGAUGUUGGUGGUUACGGAUGGGAUAAUUCAGAACUCUCACCAGACAUCUUCUUCUGGCAACAGUUCCUCCGCACCGGGCGCGCCGACGUCUACCGCUUCGCAGAGGCCCUGACGCGCCACACGGGCGAAGUGGACGUGUACCACAGCGGCAAGUGGAAGGGUCUGGGGACGCGGCACGGCGUGCAGCACUGGAGCGACAGCGCCAAGCAGGCGCGCAUCUCGACGCCGCAGUACCGCAAGGUCUUUUACUACGUCUCGGGCGGCGACGAGCGCGUGGGCGAGCUCAUGGAGGAGACGCUGGACGCGGCCCGGACCUUUACCUUUUUGGACCCGCGCCGCAAGGUCCGCAACGACGGCUUCAAACCCUCCGAGACGGCCGCCGACAUCGGCCUGGGAACCGACUGGGGCGCGCUCGCGGCGGGCUGGCUGAUCGAGGUCGAGAGGCGGGGCCCGCGUCGGGACGAGGCCAUGGCCAGGCUCGACAGGACCAUGUCGGGCAUCGGGCGGCUCAGGUUCGGCUUCGUGACGGGCCAGGCCGUGUUCAAUCCCCAGACGGGCGACCUGGGACCGCCGCCCCAAGACCCGCUCAACAACGGAUCCAUCGGCAUCUCGCACCUCUCCUCCGUCUUUGGCCUGGUCGAGGUCAUCCACGAAAUCACCGAGCACCUCGGCGGUCCGGACAAGCUGCCGCCCGCAUUCGACGCCGCCUGGCUCGACUACUGCCGAUACUACAGCGCCUCCGCCGACGAGCAGCGCGCAAAGUACGGCGCCGCCUUCUCCGGCACCAGUCUGAAGCAGGGCCACUCGCGCCUGACGGCCUACGUGGCCAACCGCACGCGCGACGACGCGCUCGCCCGGCGCGCCUGGGCAGAGUUUUACGGCAACGACGGCCUGAGAGCGUCGCUGCCGUGGGCCAGCGUGUCGGUGAACAAGACGGAUUUCAUUGGCCCCGCCGUCGAGGCGCCGUGGUUCAGCACCAACGAUCUAGGCCUCUAUGGUCCUGCAGCUAUUGAGAAUCUGCAGUUGGUGCCCGGUGCUUUGACUGGUCCACCGAAUUAG